AUGUUCGAACGAUUGCUUACAAUGUCAUCAGCGACCAUCCCUGGGAGGCCACCCCUUCGUAAGCUCUCAUACGAAGCUUUUGGCCAUGAGAGAUCGUGCAGUGCUCCGGGUACUAACUGGAGGACCGGACCUUUUGGGGAUGCAAUGAUGGCUUGCGUAACAGGUCCUUCUCACGUUCCAGCUCAAAUCAUCAACGCCCCUCCUUCUUCUGAUUUACCCAACGCCUCCGGAAGACCACUUUCUCCUAUCCUUAGUCCUGGUGCAACACCCAGACCCUACCUCAAGGUCCAGACCGCCAGUAUGGAUGAAGAAACCCGUCCACAAGUACCACCUAAAUCACCCGCUGUCGAGCGUAAAACUUCACCAGCCCCGCUGAUCCUCAACUCGAAGACAAGUCGGCCACAAAUGACAACUCCCGCCUCGACGACUUCGGGAGGUAACACACCAUUGAGUGCGAUGGACCUUCGAAGAUCGCCCAAUGGUAGUAUCCCACUGCCUACUCCACCGUCGACUUUUACCAAUCCUUUCUAUGCAUCCUCACCUGCAUCCAACAGAGGUUCGCCACGCACCGAGAGGAGAGAUCCUAUCGCAACACAAUCGUUAGCUCACAAUCGAAACAUGUCAGAGUCGUCGAUCAUGGAAAGAGGCCGACCUAAACGACGCAACAGCAAGAGAGAACGCAGCAGGACUGUAUCAGAGGCCGACGGUGCAGAAGCUAUCCCAGACUCUUGGAAGCUGCCCGAAGGCAUGCGCGUAUCAGAGGCUGCGAGACGAAUGAGUGAUGCCGACAAGAAGCUUCUUCACAAACAGGCAUACGAUCAGGCUGGCAAUUUUGAGGUUCUGCACAAACGCGAUGUAGCAUCAUUAUCGAGAGAACUCAGAGCUCUCGACGAGCGCUGCGAUUACCUCCGAAAGACCUACAAGUCUUUGCGAGCGGGUCGCCAAAAGCUGCACGGUCGUAUGAUCGCUUAUCUCAGGCGCGGAGAAACAGUCAUCUUUUCACGCGAAUCACUCCUCAAACAAGAAGAGGCCCUAGCCGAGCUGGACAUUUCGAUCGACGAGUUCAUCCUGAAACUUGAGCAGGCCGAAAAUCGCCGCUUGCGACUUCGGCAAAAGUUACUUGAGCAUGUCGCUGCUGCUAUCGUGCUCAACCCUAGCGCUCGGGACCAGGUAGCCGAAACUACACCACCACGAAGUCCUGUAAAGGUCGAUAGCCCUUCUCGACAUCAACGAAAAGAGACCGAGUCAAUCAAAAUUUACGCCGAUGGCCACGUUCUAAAUCUCUUCUCUGACAUCGAGAAGGCCAUCGGCAAGAUGUGCGAACAGACAUGCUAA